UUUAACUUUUGCUUUCUCUUCCCUCCCAAUUCUCUCUGACCUAAUUUUCUCUCUCAUAUUUUCUUUGAUCAACGCCUCCUCUAAUUCUAAAUAUCCAUCCAAAUCCAAUACAAGUAACAGUGGCUCCCCCUUUACCAUAUCCUUAGAUCUAUAUUUUGCCACACACUGCUUCUACUGAUUUGUAUAUUCUUUUCUUGCUUGCGGUGAUAAAGAUUAAAAAAAAAAAAAAAAAGGAUCUUUUGCUUUUGUUUGUUAAUUCGAGAGUAGUGAAACAAGAAGAAGAGAGAUGACUCCAGCUAAUUUGGCAGGGCAGUUUGGUGACACCACUUACACUAAGGUGUUUGUGGGGGGGCUGGCAUGGGAAACCCAGAAGGAUACCAUGAAGAAGUACUUUGAGCAGUUUGGUGAGAUCUUGGAGGCUGUCGUCAUCACUGAUAAGGCCACUGGGAGAUCUAAAGGCUAUGGAUUUGUAACGUUUCGUGAACCAGAUGCGGCCAUGAGAGCUUGCGUUGAUGCUGCUCCUGUGAUCGAUGGGAGAAGGGCUAAUUGCAAUCUUGCUUCAUUGGGUGUUCAAAGAUCCAAACCCUCUACUCCAAAGCAUGGAGGAACGGGCAGAAAUUUUAGGGUAAUGAGCUCUUUCCAGACAGGGUUUGGAGGUGGAGUGGGAACAGGAACAGCUUUUGCUUCGGCUGCAACCUUCCCUCAUUAUGCUAUCCAACAAGGGAUUCCUUAUAAUGUUUAUGGGUACUCUUCAUACUCGCCAGAUUACUCUAAUUACCCAACGAGCUACUAUAGCGUGUAUGGAGGGGCCACUGCCCAGUAUCCAUUGUAUGGUGCUGGCCCGGGUGGGUUGAUGACUGGAGCUGCAGGAACAACAUUCUACCCCUAUCUCCAAUUCGGAGAAGGAACGGGUGGAGCCACUGGCUACUCUUCUGGCCAGGGAUAUGGUGUCCAGUUUCCCCAUCACCUGUUUCAGUACACGGCCGUCAACUCAACUGGGAGUUACCCACAGCACUAUGGUGCACCCAUGUCUCUUGCACCUACUCCAGCCUUGCAAUCAGGCGUGACUAUGGCUCUUCAUGCCCCAGCAAUUCCUCAUCGUUAAGAGACUCAUUCCAAGCUAGCUACUACAUAUUUCUUCAGCUGCUCUAAGGUCUCAACCUUCGGCCUGACCAUGGUUCUCUUUCUCCCUUAGUCUCUAACUCAAAGCCCAUGCUUGGCAUCUGGGCCUUUGCACACACUCAUAAAGCCCCCCAUAGGGGCCAAAAAAUCACCUCCAAAAUUGGAGAAUCAUGCAUGUUUUUUAUAUUGCAUCUUUGUCAAACAAGGGUUCCUUGAAGAGAACCAAAGCAUUUUUAUCUAAAUGCCAACUUCAGCUAUUGGAUCAGCUAAGUUGGAUAAGUUUUUGUACCACUGGCCCGGGAAAGGCUAAUUGAAACAGACAUUUUGUAACUUUUAGCCUAGGCAAGGCUAAUAAACAGAAAAUGGUUUGCAAAAAUUGUAAAUUCAACAACACAAAAAGCAAGCCUCAUAUCUUCAAAUUUUAGUCUUUUAAAUGGCUAAUCCCUCCAAAUUUGGCUAAUCAUCUCUUGAAAAUGAGGCAGUUUUAGCAAAAAUUGGGGGCAUUGUAUGCCCCAAGUUUUUUGUGCAUUGACAUCUAGUCUUAGGGUUUAAAAACUAGGACCAUGUAGUAAUAUUUUUAUAAAUGCUUUUCACCAAACUCACUUGAGAUCUUCUCUUAUGGAUAGGGAAGAUAAUGUUUUCUUGUAAAUUCAAUGUGGCUAAACUUUGGGAGUAUUAGCCCCUUUUAGUGUUCGUGUUUUGCAUUUAGCCUUUCUAAUUAUAUUUCAUCAUGAAAAGAACUCCAUGAAUGGAUGUGGAGCUCAAAGCAUUUGCAUGUACCCUGGGAGAUAUUUUGGUUCCUUAGGGUUCUUCUCUUCUAACGUGCCAGCCAUGGUUAGGACUUAGGUAAUCCUCAUCGCUCUCUCGCUCCCACUUUCCUUCCCUCCCUCGCUCUCUCGAACUUAAUUUCACUCGGAGAUGGAACUUUUUACUCUUUAUAUGUAUGUAUAAGCCUAUGGUUUGGAUUGUAAGUAGGGAUCAAUGCUACUUAGAAGAUGAUUCAUUCUCCAUCCAUGAUGGUUGGGAAUGAUAUGCUACUUACUACUAUGUUUUAAUUUCAGUCUCUUAUGUCACUGCUGCACCUUGAUGCUUUGUCCUUGAUCGCCAUACUAUGAUGUUAUAAACUUCAAAUUUUGUCGUGUUUAAUAUUUGGCUAAAAUUAUAACUACUUUACCAUGCCAACAAUGUCAUGUUUAAACUUCAACCCAAUUUAUCAUUCCUUGCGGCAACAUGAUUUAACCAAAAGGUAAUCAAUUAUCAAAAAAAAAAAAAAGAUGAGGAUCAGAGGAAGAUUAAAGAAGCAAUCUUUUUUUU